AUCAGACUCACCGUAGUCGUCAGCUCCAAUACAGCCCAUCGGGAUUUCGCCGCUGCGGUGUGAUUCCUCCGUGAAACUCUGAGGCGUCCCCCAGUGUCACCUAAAUAUUCGGUAACCUGCAUAAUCAGCCGAUAGCCCAGCCCAGGAACGGUGCAGCUGCUGUCUUGCUCGCCGUUUAUCGGAUAGCAACGGAAAUAGAGAUCCAAUAUUCGCCCGAGAAUCAUACACCCGUCACUUGGGUAUAACUACUGGAAUACUGGCGACGCGUUCACCACGGCAACCUGCCGCUCAGAUUCCACCACAGCAGCUAUGAGUGGGUUAAUACCGCUGCUACUGCCGUCGUCUUCGGGCGGUAGGCCAAGUGCCGACUAUGCCCCUAUCGAGACGGGCAGGCGGGCAUCACUCGCACCACAUUCAUCCGCAGCCCUGCCUUUGGUCCAUCGCCGACAGCAGUCGCUGCCAUCCAUCAGAACUGCUAGGCGCGGCUCCCUAACCCCUCCAACUGCGCUUCCAAUCAUUCCCUUCACCUCCAUGGAGUGGAAGAAGGCCAUAGAUGAAGUGAAGCGUAAGUAUCUGAACCGCAAGUACCGAGCAUGCUCUGCGAGGUGCUGCGAGAUACUGGACAACCUCAAGGACCCGUCCGCGGUGGAACCCGUUUACCUGAUCUACCUCCAUUUCUAUGCCGCCUCCUCCUUCGAAUCAUGUGCGCGGCCCCUGUCAACCUCGUCUAAUUACCGUACCAUGCUUCUCCGCGAUGCCCAGACCCACUACAACAAGGCGGACGGGUUGAUUCAGAAAACAGAGGACGGCAUGAACGGGAGAGGAAGAUCCGCGUCCUCGAGCUCCAGCACCUCCAGCCUUCACUCGCCAGAGCUCUCUCCUAGUACGAGGUCGUCGGCGCCAAGUACCACAUUGUCAUCGCCGAGAACAUCGCUAUGCUCGGUCGAAGAAGGACCCGCGUCGAAGUCGAGCUCAAGACCGGUAGGCAAGGCCAAGAAGAAGGUGUCGUUCUCGGGGUUGAACGAUCUCAUCGAAUUCCAACCGGAGCCAUACAUUCGCCCGGACAGCCCUACGCUGGGGUGGGAAGACGACAUGCUCCCUCCAAGCGCCGACUCAUUCCCUUUAUUUGUGGAGAAGAACAGAUCGGUGCCGGCGGCAAGCCCAGAGUCGCCAGUAGAGCACGAACGGCCGUCGAUGGCCCCGCUAGCUCGGGAUUCGCGAUCGACAGAAGAGGCAGGUCUCGCAGACGACAAAUUCGAUCUAGACUCCUUCCUGCAAAAUCGGUCGAUGAACAAAAUCCGCGCCCAGCUCUCCGGCCUGCGCUCGCAAAUCACCUUCCACCGCGAUGGUGUCGACGCCAUGCUUGCUGUGUCCGACGAUACGCCCACGGUGCCCACCGUUCCGAUAGACAUACCGCCCGUGCCCCCCACGCCAUUUACGCCACCGCGUCCCGCCCGCGCAAAUACCUGCCCGACGGAGGUGGAAUUCGGGUUGAGCCCGAGCGGUAGGACGACUCCUUGGACGGCCUCUGCGCUGUUGGACAGCUUUCCCAAAUCUCCAAGCUUCGACAUAGGCAACCCGAGGGCCAUCGUCCGGCCGGCCUCGGCCGCCUCGAUGAUUCGCUGCGCCGACGAAGCGCUACAGCAGCGCAUCGAGCGUCUACGCGCCGGUGGCUGGCGCAGGAAGCGCUUCGACACCCGACGUUACGAGGUGCUGCGGGAACAAGUCCUUGGCGAACUUGGGGCAUAAGCGAGCGGGAAAGACCUGUCACCCCUCGCUCCCACCACCCCCCCUCCCCUGGAACCCGGAUGAUGUACGUCAGCUGACUGCAUGUAUUGGAACCGUACUUGCGUGACGUAGUCUCCGGCUGGCCAACGUCGCCGAUCCUAUACGCCUAUGUUCAAUUAA